UUCAAUAAAAUUGACUUUACUUAAGAGGUUUUUGAAUUUCUUUAGGCUUGAUUAACGGUUUAAACUAACCAGAUGACUCCCAAGACCUAAAUACCCUGAAAUUACGACUGACUUUGGACCUACUCGCUAAGAUUAAUCACCGCAUCACGCCGUACCCCUCGGCUUUUACCCUUUAUAUAAACCCCCAUGGAACAAGGCUUGGCUGCCCAUCAUCACCUGCUUUGACUCCCAUUUCACUAUCCAAAUUAAGAAACGAAAUAAUGGAUUUGUCAACAUUUUCGUUGAUCCUUCACAUUUUCUUCAUUUCCUUCCUUGCUCCAAAUCUUGUAAUUUCUUCCUUGGCAGUUCAAGACCCUGAAUUGGUUGUAAACGAAGUCCACAAGAGUAUCAAUGCUUCGAGGAGGAACUUGGGUUACUUGUCUUGUGGAACAGGAAAUCCCAUUGAUGACUGCUGGAGGUGUGACCCGAAUUGGGAGAGUAACCGUCAAAAGUUAGCUGAUUGUGCAAUUGGGUUCGGUAAGAAUGCCAUGGGAGGAAAAAAUGGUCGAAUCUAUGUUGUCACAGAUGCUGGUGACGACGAUCCUGUGAAUCCUAGGCCAGGUACUUUGAGGCAUGCUGUGAUUCAAGAUGAGCCAUUAUGGAUCAUUUUCAAGAGAGAUAUGGUGAUUACGUUGAAAGAAGAGCUAGUGAUGAACUCAUUCAAGACAAUUGAUGGUAGAGGUGCAAGCGUUCACGUUUCAGGAGGACCAUGCAUCACCAUCCAUUAUAUAUCAAACAUCAUCAUCCAUGGCAUCAACAUACAUGAUUGUAAGCCAGGGGGUAGUACCAUUAUAAGAAACUCUCCUCAUCAUGCCGGCCAUUGGACUCCAUCGGACGGUGAUGGUGUGUCCAUCUUUGCCAGCAAGAAUAUCUGGGUUGAUCACUGUUCACUGUCUAAUUGCCAUGAUGGACUCAUCGAUGUUAUCCAUGGAUCCACAGCCGUGACUAUCUCCAACAACUACAUGACCCAUCAUGACAAAGUCAUGCUCUUGGGUCACAGUGAUGCCUAUACACAAGACAAGGACAUGCAAAUCACUGUUGCCUUUAACCAUUUUGGGGAAGGACUGGUGCAAAGAAUGCCGAGGUGUAGACAUGGAUAUUUCCAUGUGGUGAACAACGAUUACACUCACUGGGAAAUGUAUGCAAUUGGUGGUAGUGCUAACCCUACUAUCAACAGCCAAGGCAACAGAUUUCUUGCACCUGAUGAUAGCUCUAAGAAAGAGGUGACCAAGCAUGAGGAUGCACCGGAGAGUGAAUGGAGAAACUGGAAUUGGAGGUCAGAAGGUGACUUGAUGUUGAAUGGAGCCUUCUUCAGACAAAGCGGCGCCGGUGCAUCUUCAACCUUUGCCAAGGCUUCUAGUCUAAGUGCUAGACCAUCUUCUCUCGUGGGUACAAUGACCGCGACUGCUGGUGCACUCAACUGUAGGAAGGGCUCCCGCUGCUAGUUUUCCUGUUUGGUUAUAUUAAUAUAGCUAGCUAAGAAUGUAAUGAAGCGACAACCUCUUCAUGUUGCCUUAGAAAAGCAACUUGGGUUAAUAACUAAUCCUACUGUUUGUACUUUGACAUAUAUAUCCAUUGAUGGAGCAAAGCAUAUGCAAUCGCA